AAAAAAAAGUGUGGGCCGCCGGUGAUGAUGUAAAAAUUCCGCGCGUUACCUCGAUGCGCACAGCUUCCACGGGAGUGAGUCCUGGCCCGUCGCAGUGAUGGUACACUGCAGUUGCGUGUGGUUCAGAAGGUAUGGAAACUUCAUUGAUAACCUAAGACUCUUCACCAGAGGAGGAAGUGGUGGAAUGGGUUACCCUCGCUUAGGUGGAGAAGGUGGAAAAGGUGGUGACGUCUGGGUUGUAGCCCAUAACAAAAUGACUUUGAAACAACUUAAAGACAAAUAUCCUCAGAAACGGUUUGUGGCUGGAGAAGGAACAAAUAGUCGAGUUAGUGCACUGAAAGGGUCUAAAGGAAAAGACUGUGAAAUUCCUGUACCUGUGGGUAUUUCAGUAACUGAUGAAAAUGGUAAAAUUAUAGGAGAGCUCAAUAAAGAGAAAGACAGAAUUUUGGUAGCUGAAGGAGGUCUUGGCGGUAAAUUACUCACUAAUUUCUUACCACUGAAAGGCCAGAAACGGGUCAUUCACCUUGAUCUAAAACUUAUAGCUGAUAUAGGCCUAGUGGGAUUCCCAAAUGCUGGAAAAUCCUCUUUGCUAAGUCAGGUCUCUCAUGCAAAACCUGCAAUUGCAGAUUAUGCAUUUACAACAUUAAAGCCUCAACUUGGAAAGAUUAUGUAUAACGAUUUCAAACAGAUAUCAGUAGCUGAUCUUCCUGGUUUAAUAGAAGGAGCACAUAUGAACAAAGGAAUGGGCCAUAAAUUCCUCAAGCAUAUAGAAAGAACUAGACAACUACUGUUUGUUGUUGAUAUUUCUGGAUUUCAGCUUUCUUCCCAAACUCAAUACAGAACUGCCUUUGAAACCAUAAUACUGCUUACAAAAGAAUUGGAGUUGUACAAAGAGGAACUUCAGACAAAACCUGCACUCCUGGCAGUUAAUAAAAUGGACUUGCCAGGUGCACAGGAUAAAUUUCGUGUACUGAUGAAUCAACUCCAGAAUCCUAAAGAUUUUCUGCAUUUAUUUGAAAAAAACAUGAUUCCAGAGAGGACCAUGGAGUUCCAACAUAUCAUCCCCAUCUCUGCAAUUACAGGAGAAGGAAUUGAUGAAUUAAAGAACCAUAUAAGAAAAUCUCUGGAUGAACAUGCCAAUCAGGAAGAUGAUGCAUAUCAUAAGAAACAGUUGCUUAAUUUGCAGAUUUCCAAUACAAUAUUUUAUAGUGAUCCACCACCAAAGAAUUCUGUUACUAGCCCCAGAUAGAUGUAAUUUAAACCUAUUAAAAAUGAUACCAAAAUUAUAUUCAUUUGGAAGUUUUUCCACAGACAUGUAUUUUUUAGAAGGUUAGUUAUUACUAACCUUCUGCUAUAAAUGCCAUAAUUCAAGAACCAUACCUUCUUGUUUUGUAGUUAAGUGUAUAGAUAGUAAAAAACUGAGACCUAAAAAUGACAAGUUAUAAUUUUAUGGCCAAUCUACCUAUAAUAAAAUCCUCUGAUAUGCCUGUAUUUAUGAUGUCUCUAGUGAGAUCAUUUAUAUAUAUAUAAUUACAUUAUAUAAAUAUAAAUAUAUUUAUAUUUAAUACUAAAUAUAAAAUAAAAUAUAAAUAAAAAUAUAAAACAAAAUUAAAUAAUACAUUUAUAUUUAAUAUAUAAAUAUACAGAAGAGCAUUCUCUAGAAUAUUAUUAAAAUGAGCAACCAGGUUUUGUUUGUUUUUGAGUCUGUCAUAUAUCUGAUUCUACUAAAUUACCUUUUUUGGAAAACCUCAAAACCCUAAAUUUCAACAUAUGUUCAGUGAUAAUAAAGAUCACUAAUAAUAUUUAACAGAAACCAGCAGGUAGAUGUUUACAAUUUCACCUUUUGGAAAUUUUUCUUUCUUAAGUGAAAGUAUUUUUUCCUGCUUUGAAGCAGAUUGGUAUAUGUCUCAUUUUCUUGCAUUCAAAUCUGUCUUGUCUAUUUUCAUGUUUUAGUAAAGAGAAGUAAUAGGAAGUGCAAAGUUGAAACAAUAUUUUCAAUCAGUAUAUUAAGAUUAAGGGCGCCUGGGUGGCUCAGUCGUUAAGCAUCUGCCUUCAGCUCAGGUCAUGAUCCCAGGGUCCUGGGAUCAAGCCCC